CGCGCCCUUCCGGGAGGAGCUGAUCUGUCCCCGAGGAGCUCCCAGGGCCCCCGAGUCCACCCGGCGGGAGAUCCCAGGGGUGGAGCGGCGCCGAACCCGCGCGCCCUCAGCGCCCUCCAAGGUAAAUUGCACAGUCACCUGAGAUUUAGCUAGCUGACACUGGAUGUCACCAUUGUGCUGUGGAAUGUGGAUGCAGAACAGGGAAGCCAGCCUUAAUGUGAUGGAAACACCCUUGAACUUGGUGUCUAGAAGACAAAAGUUUGAGUUUCAGCUCUGCUAGUUUUACUGUGAUCUCAGCCAGAAUUCACCAUGACAACAGUAACAGUGACCACAGAGGUUCCCUCAAGGGGUAAGAUGGAAGACAAUCCUGCCUCGUAUGAGUCCACGUCAGCUCACAUUAUUGAAGAAACCGAAUAUGUGAAAAUGAUUCGAGCUACUCUGGAAAAGAUCCGUAAUCAAAUGUUUAAAGAUGACACUGGACAUAGCGGUACAAAGCACAAACUAGAUGCAAAGAACCAAAGUUUGUACACCCAAUGCUUUGAAAUGCCAAAACUCAAAACAUCAGAGCUCCAAGUAAGAAGUUUACUGACCAAGAAGGCACCAACUGAGAAGAUGGAAAACGUAAUGUGCUGUCGAAACAUUCAGAAUGGCUCUGACUCUGAAAUGGGCCCCUCGUGCUGCAGUCUGAACCUGCUCAUGGACAGGAUGAAAGGCAAAGAUUUACAGCUCUUAAAACUGAACGAAGAGAAUGAAGUAUUGAAAAUCAAGUUGGAAGCCUCCAGGGAAGCAGGCGCAGCGGCGCUGAGAAAUGUGGCCCAGAGACUAUUUGAAAUCUACCAAACACAGUCUGCGGAAGUUAGGAAGCAGCAUGAGGACAGCACACACUUCCUCCAGGUUAACAAACUUGAAAAAGAACAGGAAUUGAAGCAACAGGUUGAACAUCUGAAUCAAGUUGCUGAGAAACUUGAAGAAAAGCAUAAUAAAAUUACAGCCUUGGAGAGCCUGGUACAGAGAAUGGAAAAGGAAAAAAGAACACUGCUAGAAAGAAAGCUGUCUUUGGAAAACAAGCUGCUGCAACUCAAAUCCAACACUACACAUGCUAAAAGUGUCCAGGGCCUUCAGAAGGAGAUUUCCCUUCUCCAGGAGCAGAUCUCUCACCUGCAGUUCGUGAUCCACUCCCAACACCAGAGCCUGCGCAGGGUCAUCCAGGAGAUGGAAGGCUUAAAAAUUAAUUUAAAAGAACAAGAUAAAAGAAUUGAAAAUUUGAAAGAAAAAGUUAAUGUACUUGAAGCCCAGAAUAAAGAACUAAAAACCAAGGUGGCACUUUGGUCUGAAACUCCUAGGACAAUGGUAUCUAAGGCCGUCGCUACAAGUGACUUGAAGCCUGAAGACUCUACCCCCUACUUGAUGUUGGUUAGGCUACGGAAAUGAGCUGGCUGGCUGAAGAUCUGAAUGAGAACGAUCAUUCCGUGGGUCUUACGUAUUCUUUGAAACAGAAUCUAAACUUGCAUGUUAAAAUGGCCCAAUGCCAGUAUUUAAUGGAAUCCAUUAUACAUCAAUAGUUUUUCAGGAAGAUGACAUUCCAGAAAAUCAAACAAACAUAUAUUCGAGGGAAAGAACUCUUUCUUCAAAGCUUACUUAAUGGGUGAAGAAACCAGGAGCUUUCCCAUGAUGGAAGAUAAAUUCUGCUUUCAAGUUUUUAAAAACCUAUCUUUUCUUGCAGAUUUUUUACUGAAGAGAAUGGUUUAAGGUUGUCAACUUGAACCUUUGAUAGUGGUUUUUAUUUAUGUAAGUAGAAGGAAUUGUGUAUAUGUGUAUGAAUAAAUGUUAUAUUUUAAAGUUGACUUUUGGAUAAUAAAAUAUAUCUUACUAUGACAUAA